AAAAUAAUGGCUUCCAAUACAGAACGUACAUUUAUUGCUGUUAAGCCUGAUGGAGUCCAGCGGGGAUUAGUAGGGGAAAUCAUCAAGAGAUUUGAACAGAAGGGUUUCCACCUAGUGGCUAUGAAACUGCUGCACGCUUCUGAAGAACUACUUAAACAACAUUAUAUUGACCUGAAAGAUAGGCCUUUCUAUUCCGGUUUAGUUAAAUACAUGAAUUCUGGUCCUGUAGUAGCUAUGGUUUGGGAAGGACUUAAUGUCGUAAAGACAGGCAGAGUAAUGCUGGGAGAAACAAACCCAGCAGAUUCCAAGCCAGGCACCAUUCGUGGUGAUUUCUGCAUUCAAGUAGGCAGGAACAUCAUUCAUGGCAGUGACUCUGUGGAGAGUGCUCAAAAAGAAAUCAGACUGUGGUUCAAGCCUGCAGAACUGGUGGAUUAUAAAUCAUGUGCUAAUGACUGGAUUUAUGAGUAA